CGUCUUCCCACCCACACUCUUCCUCUCUUCUUUACGUUUCUGUGGAGGAGCAGCAGCAGCACUACUAGCUGCGUCAUCUACCAGAUCAUUGGCGACACUGGCUUGAUAUUGUAUUCUUGAAAUACGAAGAAAAUGAACAAGAAGAACCCUCAGGUUUUCUUGGACGUGUCUAUCGAUGGUGAUCCUUUUGAAAAAAUGGUUUUUGAGCUUUUUUCUGAUGUUGUUCCCAAGACUGCAGAAAAUUUUCGUGCACUCUGUACAGGGGAGAAAGGACUAAGUCGUAAAUCUGGAAGACCUCUGCACUACAAAGGAUCUUUUUUCCAUCGCAUAAUUAAAGGAUCAAUGGCUCAGGGUGGUGAUUUUCUUAAACGAGAUGGGACUUUUGGAGAAAGUAUAUAUGGGGAUGAAUUUCCAGAUGAGCCGCCCAAGCUAAAACACAAUGCAUCUGGUCUUUUAUCAAUGGCUGUUGCUGAUCGUGAUACAUGUGGUUCUCUAUUCAUUGUCACUUUCAAGGCUAAUCAUCAUCUUGACAGGAAGUAUGUUGUCUUUGGGAAACUUGUGCAAGGACAGGAAGUUUUAAAAAAGAUUGAGAAUGUGGGUGAUCAAGAAGGGAGACCUGCUGUAAUGGUGAAGAUCAUUAAUAGCGGUGAAUUUCAUGAGGAAAAAAAGUUAACGAAUAAAUUGAAAAUAAGGAAGGAUGCUUCUUCUGAGGUUAAUAGUCAUGAAGUGCUACGUAGAGGAAAACACAAGAAAUCUUCAAGAGACAAAAAGAAAAAGAGAAGAAAAUAUUAUACAUCUGAUUCAGACAGUCCCUCGGAUUCUGAGAUAGAUUCAUCUGAAUCUGAUAGUGAUUCUGACUUAUAUACAUCGUCAUCAUCGGAUCUUAGUUCUUCAAGUGAGGACAGGCGAAAGAAGAGAAAGAGGUCUUCCAAGAGAGAGAGAUAUAGACAUGGAAAAAGGAGGGAUGGACGGCAUGGAAAAAAGCGCAAUAGGCGUGAUAAGAGAUCAAAGCGCAGAUCAAAAAGGGCGUCAGACAGUCUUACUGGUACUGAGAGUGAAAGUGGAAGUGCUUCUGAUGAGAACGGUGUUGAUGUACAAGGUCCAAAUCAUGAGCUUAAAAACCAGGCGCAGAUAACUGUUGGAAAUCAGUUUCCUUUGAUUGAGGAGAGAGAAGUGGCUUCCAUUCAUCAUAAGAAGGGGGAGGUGACUGAUAUGCUUGAAAGGGAAGAGGAUGAAUAUCCCAAGGAAAAUGGUGAGCGGAAAAGCAAUGGCAUUGAAGCAGAAACUAAAUCGGAUGGAAGUGCAGAUAGACCUGAUGUAGUAGAUGAUCACCCAGGCAAAUCUAGGAGCCGAAGCGUUAGUCCUAAAAGGACUACGAACAAGAGUAUGGUUAUUAGUCCCAAUGGGAGUUUGGGCAAGAGCCCAAGUGUGAGCCCGAGACCGAGUUUGAGCAGGAGACCAAGUGGUAAUAGAAGCCCCCUACACAUCUUACAAAGAAGCACGGGUAUCAGUAGGAGUCCAGUUAGAGGUGUCACCAGCAGAAGCCCUGCCAGAAGUGUCAGCAGAAGUCCAGUUAGAGGCAAAAAGGGUAGAAGUGUCAACCAGAGUCCGUUGAGAGCCAGAUAUCAAAGAAGCCUUAGCAGGAGCCCUCUGCCUCAGAGAAGCCCCAGCCGAACUCCUCCAAGAACUUCAUUGAGGAAGUCAACACAAAAAUCUGUAAGCAAAAGCCCCAUUAGAUCUUCUCAAAAAAGCAUAAGCAGAAGCUCGGGUAGGGACCCUUCUAGGAGAAGUACUAGCCGAGGUCCAGUCAGGGCAGCUAUAAUAAAUAAUCAUCGCAGCUAUUCAGGGAGCCCUGUAAGUGCAGGAGCCAAAGCACAGUCACCUGUGUCGGAUCGUGGAAGGAGCCCAUCAAGAAGUCUUUCGCCAGAUGGGUCACCGAAGCGCAUCAGAAGGGGAAGGGGUUUCAGUGAGCGAUACUCUUAUGCACGCAGAUACAGGACUCGUUCUCCUGAACGUUCGCCUUCAAGGCCGUAUCGUUAUGGCAACAGACGUGAUCAUGAUAGAUAUUCAAGUUAUAGGAGAUCUCCUAGGCGUUACAGGAGCCCACCUCGAGGAAGAACUCCAAGGUACAGAAGCAGAAGAAGCAGGACUAGGAGCCCUACUAGAUCGCGGAGCCCAAUCCGUUAUCGUAACCGCCGUUAUAGCCGCAGCCCUAUUCGCAGGUACUCUCCCGCGGAGAGGUCUAGAUUACCCGAGUCUCCACGGGCUGAGAGACAGAGGUCACCUUCUCGCAGCCAGAGCCCAUCAAACUCGAGGUCAUCAGUUGACUCGCAAUUGCCCAAGCGCACAAGCAAAGAUUCGUCAAGGUCUUCGCCUGGUAGUCCCCCUAGGAAGGAGGGCCUGGUCUCCUAUGGAGAUGGCUCUCCAGACUCCAGCCCGAGGUAAGAACUUAGGAGUGAUGAUUGUGAUCACAGCGAGGACGAGUUGAUCUUCAUGACGAGAGACACAGAUUUUUCAUAAUGGCCUUUGACUGUUGUUCUUAUUAUGAUGCUAGAAGGUUAUUUGUAGUGGCAUUUCUGGUUUUUACUCGGACCAAGUCGUUGACGCGCUUUAGAGGUGCUUGUUGGAUGAUGGAUGUUAUAUGCAUUAUAAAUUAUAUUGUAGCUACUGUGGUACUAUAUAUAUAUAUUUCAUUAGGCAGUCAUUUGAGUUGAAGCUAAA